AUGGAUAUUUUGGACAAACGAGCUGGAAAAAUAAUCAACAAAUUAACGGACAUAAUAGCGCAAACAGAGGAAUUAAAACUUGACAAUGGUACGACGCCUCGGGCAGUGAGACAGUGGAAAAAAGACGUGAGAACUAAGUAUUUAUCGUUGGUCGAGGACAAAGAGAAAUUAACACGGGAAGUCAAACGUAGACAAGAUGAUUUAGAGCGAGAAUCUGAGCAACGGCAAACGGAAUUAGAGGAAAAGCGACAACAACUACACGAGAGGCGAAUGGCGGAACUUCGUGAGAGACAAGAGGAGCACGAACGUAAAUUAUGGGAGGCGAAACUCGAAGCAGAGUUACGUAUGACGCAAGAAAAGAUGGAAAUAGAGAAAUCGGCUCGGGGGACGACAGCGAAAUUGCCCAAAUUGGAAAUUACACCAUUUAAAGGGACAGCUACGGACUGAGUACGUUUUGAAAAUAUAUUUUUGACACAAGUACACGGAAAACCGAUCACAGACGAGGAGAAAUUCGGAUAUUUGUUGGAGAUGGUAUGUCAAAAGGUUAGAGAUAAAAUUGCAAAUUUAAAACCUGGAGAGGUUGGAUAUAAAACAGCGUGGGACAGGUUAAAAAAGGAAUACGGACAGACUAAAUUAGUGGUAAAUGCUCAUGUAGAUGAGAUAAUUAAUCUGCCUGUUGUCAAGGGACACAAUUACAUGAAAGUUCGAGAAUUUUACGAAGCAUUAAGUUGGAACUAUGAUGCGUUGUUAACACUGAGCGAAGCUGAUAUGCUGAAAGGGUUUGUCAUGACGACAGUGAAUAAAUUACCGCAAGUGAAGCCUGAUCUCGUAAGAAUUGAUGACAACUGGGAGAAUUGGGACAUGGCGGCUCUUAUUGAUGAAAUCCGGAAGUGGCUGAGUCGACACAAGGUGGAUCCAGGAGAAACUCGAAAGGAAGGGUCUUGGUUUACAUCAAAGGGAAGUGGUAACGAAGUACAGACCGGUAAGCCAGUAACUCCUGUAUGUAUUUUUUGUAAGAAAAAUCAUUGGGGAGAUGAUUGUAAGACAGUUGUAUCAUUAGAAGCAAGAAAAAAGUAUUUCGUAGAAAACCAGUUGUGUUUUAACUGUGGCCGAGCUGGACACAGAGCAAACAAGUGCCGCAGUCGAGGUUGUGUUAAAUGUAGGGCUAGGCAUCACACUAGUCUCUGUGACCAGGAGAAUAAUACUGGUAAUUCUGUAUUUACCGGAUAUACGUCACCAGUCGAAGGACAAACACUUCCACCAAUGAUCCCUGUUAAUAUAAAGGGCACAACCCUGUGGGCUUACUUAGAUUCAGGAUCUAGCAGAAAUUUCAUAUCUAGUGAUGCUGCCAGAAAGUUGAAGUUGACCCCAGUCCGUCAUGAAACACGCCAGAUAGUUACACUGAGUGGGACUACAAAACAGUCCUUGCCUAUUUUCGAAGUAACCAUGACAUCGCUUGAUGGUAAAACGAGGGAGAGUGUAGAGUUAACUGGCAGUAAGAUGUCUGAUUUUACAACAGUUCGACGUCCAAAAUUGAGUGAUUUAAAGUCAAAAUACGGACAUGCGGCUGAUAAGAGUUUCUACAUGAAGCAGAGUGAUGAGUACCAAAUGCAUGUUAUUUUGGGGGACAGUACGUACUGUAGAAUUAAGACAGAAGAAGUUUUCAAGGGGGAGCCGGGUGAUCCCAUUGUUGAGGGUACUACACUCGGGUGGACAAUCCAUGGUGGGGAGUUUCCAAGUGAUGGGUGUUGGUUUUCACAUGAGGAUCAGGAUAGCCAACAACUUUAUAGCUUAGAUGUUCUAGGAGUGGAAGAUCGGGGUGAGAACGAUCAACUUGAUGUGCACAGAGAGUUUAAGGAGAACAUUGUUCAUGACAUAAACGGGAGAUACGAGGUAAAAGUUCCUUGGAUUCCAGGGACUCAGUUGAGUGAGACAAAUGAAACGCAGAGUAGAUUACGUUUGAAGCGAGUGGAGAAGAAACUUGAGCAAGAUGAGUGUUUGCGGAAGGAUUACGAAAAGAUCAUUAUUGACCAAGUUGCGGCCGGAAUAAUAGAGAAAGCCCCUGACACGCCAACUGGGGAACGGGUAUUUUACAUGCCGCAUAAACCUGUAAUCAAACAAGAUGCAAUUACGACAAAAACCCGGAUGGUUUUCGAUGCCAGCGCCAAACCACAACCUAUUUCAAGCAGUGUGAAUGAAUGCAU